AUGACUGAAAAAGAAAACCAGAUGGACCACCGGUUUUGGCAGCGUUACAAGAGACAUCACUUGGGUGAAUGUCGGUCUAGAGUUUGCUACCAAUGUAAGAACAACUGUCCACAGCUACAGAAUCCCGAAGCUAAGAAAGAGAGUCCUAUGGUUCCUGCUAGGGUGUUUGCUUUGACCCAAGCAGAUGCUGAAGUUGGCCUUUCGACUGUUACAGGUGAGAUAUCUAUUGGUGGUAUUAUGUUUACUAUUUUGAUUGAUUCUGGUGCCACACAUUCAUAUAUUUCUAGUAGAAUCAUUGAGAAAUUGAGUAGGCCAUGUGAUAUCAUGUCUAGUGGAUUUUGUACCUUGUUACCUACUAGAGAAGUGGUAAUCUCCAGGAGGUGGAUAAGGUCUCUCCCAGUGUUAGUAGAAGGGAUAGAAUUGUCAGUGGAUCUGAUUGAAUUAGACUUAGAAGAUUUUGAUGCAAUCCUGGGAAUGGAUUGGUUGACUAAGUACAAUGCUACUAUAGAUUUUAAGAUAAAGAUGGUGACUUUUGAACCAGAGGGUGAGAUCCCAUUUAUUUUUAUGGGAAAGGUGCAGGGAUCUCGGAUUCCAUUGAUAUCGGCACUUAGGACCAGGGAAUUAUUACGAGAAGGAUGUAUGGGAUACCCGGCUAGUGUGUUGGAUACCACAAAAGAUACACUAGAGGGACCGGAAAAGGUUCGAGUAGUAUGUGAAUUUCCAGAUGUAUUCCCGGAAGAGUUACUGGGAUUACCACCAAAGAGAGAGAUUGACUUCGAAAUUGAAUUAGUACCUGGGGCUGAGCCAGUUUCUAAGGCUCCAUGUAGAAUGGCACCGGCAAAAUUGAAAGAAUUGUAA